AUGUCGAACUGUUCGACAUUUUGUCGAACUUUCGCCAAGACGCUAAGUCAUGUGACUAAACCUCUGGCCUGUUGGGGUACUAUAUGUAUGGAUUCGCAAAUCUCAACCUCGAAUGAGAGCCAAUUGGCUGCUAAUAUAGCAGCUGCAGCGCUGCAGGCCACCGAAUAUAUUAUAAUAACCUCCUCACCACCGCCGCCAGUCCGUUCGCAGCCUACAACCGAUACCCAGGGUACCACCGAUUCGCAAGCCACUUCAUAUAACAGUACUGACGACUCGGAUUCGAAUGAGGCUUCCAUUAGUCAAAAUACGGCAUCUCAAGUGAAGAAUAACAAGCGAGGGAGAUCGCUCAAAGAUGAAGAGCUUUCUCUGCUGUUUAAAUGCGCGUUGGACCUCAAACUUGAUUAUAAACCAAAGAGAAAAUAUUGGGAAGCUGUUGAGGAUAGAUUUGUGCGCCUUAUUGGACAUUCUUAUUCGUGGAAAUCGUGCAAAUCUCAGAUCGAGAGGCUCUCUAAGAAACGGCGCUUAUACCUGGCUCAAUACGUUACUGGUAGAGAGGCGGAGGCUACAUCUGAGUUGGACGAGCUUAUCGAUCAAUGGAACGACUUUAUUGACGGAUAUGAGAAAGAUGAGGCUGAGAAGUUGGCAGAAAAAAACAAAUAUAAGGAAAAUUCGCAGUUGGUGCUUGCAUAUCGAGACCAACUGGUCUCAACAGGCUUGCAAAAAUCCAAAAAGCAAGCGCCAGAGGAGCUUAAGCCGUCUGAGGAUGAUACUGGGUCUGAUAAUAGGAAAGUACCAGAAUAUCGUAAGACUGCUACAGCCUCGCGGCCGUCAAAAAAGCGGUCUAUCCAGGAAGCGAUAUUCGCCUUAGUUGACGUAUUAGAAGAGGAUAGACAAGCGUCAAAAAAGCCUGAAUCGGUUGCAAAAAAAAGCGAAUUGGAACGGCUUUCUGGGGAUGUCAAAGAGCUUCAAAAUCAGUAUAAAAAUCUUGAUGAGAAGCUUGAUAAAUUAAUCUCAAUGAUAGGGGAAAAGCGUACGGGUUAG